AAAAAAUCCCCAAAAUCUUCUAAAGCAUCCCUCCGGCUAGUAGUCGCCCCAUCUUCCGCGUCUCGCUGAUAUCCCCCGCCAGCCGAAUCGUAGAGAAGUAUCCCCGCAGUAAAUCUCAAUAUCUGCAGUCGGGCGCUGAAUCUACUUAUAUCCUGCAUGAUUUUUCUCAGAUAACUCAGUAAACAUGAGCCCCCCGCCCCCCGCCGUGAGCAUCGAGCCGUUUAACCGAUUGGUUAAACUUACGGCGAGAGCAUUCUAUGACGAUUUUGCGACGAAAGGUGAUCAGCCCAAGUCUGGGAGAAGCGAUAAUCGAGGAAUUGCUGUUGUGAUUCUAGAUGCCCUCACCAGGCGCGCAUGGGUGAGGGAAGAAGAGUUGGCAAAGGAGUUGAAGCUGCAUACAAAACAACUUAGAAGAACACUACGGUUUUUUGAAGAAGAAAAACUUAUCACGCGGGAUCAUAGGAAAGAGUCAGCAAAAGGUGCAAAAGUAUAUAAUGCUGCUGUUGCUGCUGCUAUUGAUGGGCACACUGGCAAAGAAGGAGAGGAAAAAGUCAAGAUGCACACCCAUUCUUACUGCUGUCUAGACUAUGCACAGAUAUUUGAUGUUGUGAGGUACAGAUUACACCGCAUGAAGAAAAAGCUUAGGGAUGAACUUGAUAGCAAGAACACAGUUCAGGAGUAUAUAUGUCCGAACUGCGGGAAAAGAUAUACUGCUUUGGAUGCUAUACGGUUGAUUUCUCCAGAUGAUGAUUAUUUUCAUUGUGAAAGUUGUAAUGGGGAGUUGGUAGCAGAGAGUGACAAGAUAGCAUCUCAAGGGUUGGCAGAUGGAGAUGAUAAUGCAAGGAGACAUCGUCGUGAAACAUUAGAAAAAAUGCUCCGCAGGAUGGAGGAACAACUAAAACCGCUGAUGGAUCAACUUGCCAGAGUAAAAGAUUUACCUGUUCCAGAAUUUGGAAGUCUUCAAGCUUGGGAACUCCAAGCAGGUUCUGUGGCCCGUGGGGCUGGCGAUCUUAAUGGCAAUGAUCCUUCAAAAUCUUCACAGGGAGGAACACCUAUGCCUUUCGUUGGAGAGACAAAGGUUGAAGUUGCUUUCUCUGGUCAAGAUGAAAAAGGAGACAAUAUUAAAUCUGAGGGUUCAUCUUCACCCAUGAAAGUUUUGCCUCCAUGGAUGAUAAAGCAAGGAAUGAACCUCACAAAGGAGCAGCGUGGGGAGGCUAUCAAGCAAGAGAAGAUGGAUGGUACUUCAGCUCCUAUGGGUUUAUCUGAUGACAAGAAGUCCGAGGCUAGUAAAGAUGAUGUGAAGAAUAUUCAGGACGAAUAUGUUAAGGCAUAUUAUGCUGCUUUACUGCAACAGCAAUAUCAUCAGCAAGAAGCAGCUGCAAAGAAGGUGGUAAAGGAGGAGCAGAGUACAGAUGAUGCACCCAGCAUGUCUACUGAGCGCCAAGUUGGAAUGAAGUUCAAACGUGAAGACGAUGAUGAAGGGGAUGAUGUUGAAUGGGAGGAUGCAAUCCCUGCGGGUAGCGGCAGUAAUACUACUGGAAACUUCAAGGUUGGUGACUUGAAUGUCCAAGCAGAGGCUACAGAAGACGAGGAUGAUGAUGACAUUGACUGGGAAGAAGGUUAACAGACAAGGGAAGCAGUAUUCCCUUUCUAGCUCUAGUUAAUUUUACGACACUAACUAUUUUAUACAUUAGAAGAAUGAUUCUUUUUUUGUUUGAUCUGUUUGGAAAUUCUCUUGUGGCUGUUCUUUUUGUUGUGGACCUUGUGCUUAUGUAGUUUAGCUUAAGAAGUGUAUUUUGAUUCAUCGUAUUCAUGGUUUUAAGUUUGAAUGGGGUGAACAUGUCCAUAUUUGAAAUUUGAGUGGGCGAUUUAGCCAAUAGUUCUAACAUGCUUUUGGUUUUCUCCUUGA